AUGGCUGAUCAACCAGUUGUGCUGCUCCUACUGGCACUUGGCCCAGAAGUUGAAGGCUGCAGAAGCAUACAAGCAACUGCUGGAGCAUCUGCCAGUCACAGCCACUCAAUUGCAGCUCUUGCAACCCCUGCCACUGGCUAUAUGCCUGUUGCUGAAGAAGACCAAUGUGAUAGUCAUGCUGCAACUGAGGCACCUGAUGGAGCAGUGGACUGUCCCCAAACUGUCACAGCCACCCAUCCCCCCAGCCAAUACCAUCCUCAAAGCCCUUCACCAGGGCCAUCAGCUGCAAUAUCCUCAGAACCCACCACUCCUGCACAGCAGACCCAGAAGUGGUGGGCAGCCACUAGAAGUAUGACACCUACCACUGGCAAGACAACCACCUUGGCCACUCCAAGCUCCUGCAGGCAAAUUUUCAAUGGAAUGGUCAUUGUCACUCCAUCUUGGUGGCAGUCAGGUCAGCAGACAUCAAGCCCAGCAUCCUGGGGGGUGGCAACAUCCCAAAGCCAUCUCACUACCCCAGCCUGCCCAGUGACCCCCAAUGCUACCCCCAUGGAGCAUAUGGAAGAGGAGAUUGCAGCAUUGUGGCAGCAGCAUAUGGAGAUGGCACAAGAUCUCCUAGAUACCCACUGUGAGCUUGCCAAUACCCAGCAGGCCCUUGCAGAUACCCAGACCAAGUUGCAGAUACUUUGCAAUCUUGUCAAGGCCUUAUGCCAGCACCUGUACCUGUUGCCACACUCCUCACCUGAUGCACCUGGACCCUCCCACCCCUCCCCCAUCAGCUUUGCAAUUACAAGUCAUCAAGCAGUCAUUCCCACUGAUGGUGCAAGGAUACUUGACCUUGUGCCCACUACAAUGGUCCAGGAGGUUGCAGUUGAUACCAGCAUCCUCCAGAACCUCCCAGGUGAUAUGCUUUUAGCCCCUUCUACUUUCCUGCUGCCCACCCACCAUUUUGCAUACUCAUCCACCCCUGGUGUAGGAGAAGCCUGGCCCCCUAUCUAUGUCUCUUUGGGGGCAGUUGCUGACCAUGCUGGUGGCGAUGAUGCUGAUGAUGAGGAUGCCACUAAUUGGAUGGAUGUAGAUUAA